GGAGCUCUGGACAUCUGCGGUACAGAGGUUAUUUACACCCCGGCGUCUCCGGGCUGGUGAGCGAGCUGAGGGGAGCAAGAGGGAUGGGGAGCGGCGCUGGGGAGCGGGGCGGCGCUGAGAGGCGGCCGGUGCUCUUUCCCUUCCUGCUGCCUCUGUUCUGCCCGGCGCUGUCCGAGCAGAUCCGCUACAGGAUUCCCGAGGAAAUGUCCAAGGGCUCGGUAGUGGGGAACCUCGCCGAGGACCUGGGGUUCAGUGUGCGGGAGUUCCCGACUCGAAAACUGCGCGUCAGUUCGGAGAAGGCUUACUUCACCGUGAGCGCGGAGAGCGGGCAGUUGCUUGUGAGCAGCAGGCUGGACAGGGAGCAGAUAUGCGGGAAGAAUCCAGCGUGUGCUCUGGAAUUUGAGGCUGUUGCCGACAACCCAUUGAACUUUUAUCACGUGAGUGUGGAGAUCGAGGACAUUAAUGACCACGCGCCAAAAUUCACGCAAAAUUCCUUUGAGCUGCAAAUAAGUGAGUCUGCACAGCCAGGCACACGAUUUAUAUUAGAAGCAGCGGAAGAUGGAGAUAUUGGCUUAAACUCGCUACAGAAGUAUGAACUCACUUUUAACCCUGUUUUCUCAUUGAUAAAUAAGGAGAAACAAGACGGCAGUAAAUACCCGGAACUGGCAUUGGAGAAAACCUUAGACCGGGAACAACAGAGUUACCAUCGUCUAAUCCUGACUGCUUUGGACGGCGGAGAUCCACCCCUAAGCGGCACCACUGAGCUCAGAAUCCAGGUCACUGAUGCCAAUGAUAAUCCCCCUGUAUUCAGCCAGGACGUGUACAGCGUCAGCCUUCCGGAAAGCGUGCCCCCAGGCACUUCUGUGCUGCAGGUGUCAGCCACCGACCAGGACGAGGGCGUCAACUCGGAAAUUAUUUAUUCUUUCUUCAGAAACGGGCAAGUCUUCAGUCUGAAUUCAAAGAGUGGGGAAAUUAGAACUCAGAGGUCACUGGAUUUUGAAGAAAUCAAGGAAUAUUCUAUAGUGGUGGAAGGGAGGGAUGGUGGAGGACUGGUUGCACAAUGUACAGUUGAAAUUAAUAUUCAAGAUGAAAAUGACAAUAGCCCCAAAAUUACAUUUCAUUCUCUACUUGAAAUGAUUCUGGAAAACGCAGUGCCUGGAACAUUAAUUGCUUUGAUCAAAAUACAUGACCAAGAUUCUGGGGAAAACGGGGAGGUUAAUUGUCGAUUAGAAGAUGAAGUCCCUUUUAAGAUCAUCUCUUCGUCCAAAAAUUCAUAUAAGUUGCUAACAGACGGGACCCUGGACCGAGAGCAGAACCCAGAGUACAAUGUCACCAUUAUAGCCACCGACAGGGGCAAGCCGCCCCUCUCCUCCAGCUCAAGCGUCAUCUUACAUAUAGGCGACGUCAACGACAACGCUCCAAUUUUCCAUCAGGAUUCUUACCUGGUCGAAGUGGCCGAAAACAACCCUCCUGGAGCCUCCAUCGCGCAUGUCAGCGCCUCCGACCCAGACCUGGGGCCAAACGGCCAUAUCUCUUAUUCCAUUGUGGCCAGUGAUCUGGAGCCCGGGAUGCUGUCGUCCUACGUGUCGGUGAGCGCGCAGAGCGGGGUGGUGUUCGCGCAGCGCGCCUUCGACCACGAGCAGCUGCGCGCCUUCGAGAAAGAAGGAGAAUCCUGA